CCUCGCUGGGAAGAUGGCGCUCUCCAGGGUGUGCUGGGCUCGGACUGCUCUGUGGGGUUCAGCGGUCACCCCCGCACCUUAUGUCACCCGGAGGCUGCAACUUGUUCGCUUUGGACUGGCCUGGGGGGCCCCUCGGUGAGGGACCUGGAGAAGGAAAAGCAUUUUUUGAUGUCUUCAAAGCUUCACCUUUCUCCAAAGGCAGAUGUGAAGAGCUUAAUCUCUUAUGUGGUGACUAAGACAAAAGUGAUUAGUGGGAAGUACCAUCGUUUUUUGGAUCGUCAUUUCCCCCGCUUCUAUGUCCUGUACACAACCUUCAUGAAAGGAUUGCAGAUGAUUUGGGCUGAUGCCAAAAAGACUAAAAGAAUAAAGACAAACAUGUGGAAGCACAAUAUAAAGUUUCAUCAACUCUCAUACCGGGAGAUGGAGCAUUUGAGACAGUUCCGUCGAGACGUCACCAAGUGUCUCUUCCUAGGUAUUAUUUCCAUUCCGCCCUUUGCCAACUACCUGGUCUUCUUGCUAAUGUAUCUGUUUCCUAGGCAACUACUGAUCAAACAUUUCUGGACCCCAAAGCAACAAAUUGACUUCUUAGAGAUCUAUCAUGCUAUUCGGAAGCAGUCCCACCCAGAAAUCCUCUGUUAUUUAGAAAAAAUUACCCCCCACAUUUCUGAUGCAGGACUCCGGUGGCACAUGACAGAGCUGUGCACCAAGAUGCAGCGCGGUACCCAUCCGGCAGCACAGGAUAUCCUGGCUCUGAGAGAGGGUUUCUCUAAGCGUCCUCUGGGCAUGGACCAACUCCCUACUUUGCAAAUGAAAGCCUUGAGUCGAGCUAUGCUUCUCACGCCUCACCUGCCAUCUGCCUUGUUGAGACACCGUUUAAAGACUCACACCACUGUGAUUCACCAGCUGGACAAGGCUUUGGCAAAGCUGGGGAUCAGCCAGCUGACCGCACAGGAAGUGAAAUCGGCUUGUUAUCUUCGUGGCUUGAAUUCUACCCUUAUUGCAGAAGAGAGGUGUCGGACUUGGCUGGCGGAAUGGCUGCAGAUUUCCUGUAACCUGAAGGAAGCUGAGCUGUCCCUUUUGCUACACAAUGUGAUCCUGCUUUCCAUCAACUACACUGGGACGAGGCGCUGAGGGAACGUGUAGCGGAUGCCACUGUCCUGCCGUCACAGCACCGCAGCGUGGGACCAAGCAGUACUUGUCAGCACAGUCUGUGUGCACUGCUGGGUGUGUGAGAGGCCGAGGAGCGGGUGCCACGGGCUUCAGUGCGGCACCCAAGUGGGAGCUGGAACCGAAACAAACCCUCUUACAGAGGUGGCCCAUGUGAGGUGUCAUUCCCAACUCCCUUGGAAUUAGCUGGCAGUGGAAGCAGCCACUGUACUGGGCUGUUACUGUGACACGCUUAGUGCAGAUCCUAGGAAGCGUCUGCCCCAGGUGGGAGUCCUCGUCUGGCCUAGGGCCCAGCACUGCGACCUUCUUUUGAGCAGUGUUUUUGUUAAAGCCGGUUUCUGGCUGGUGAGGGGACAGCGCCACUUACACUGGAGCAGUUACAUGCAUGUCCUCUGAUGCUCCUCUGAACCCUGAGGUGACCAAAAAUAAGAAAUUUUUUUGUCCCUUUCAUUGGGGUAACUAACCUCUCUUUCCUUCUCAAAUCCUUUUACCACUGUAACUUUUUUCCUGAAUAAGAAAAAGUUGCAUUUUUCAUUUUUUAGUGAAUAACUUAUGGGAACAUUUGAAUAGAAAAGAUGAAAGGAAAUACAAGCGCUUCUUGACCCCUUCCCUGGGGUUUAAAGCCUUCACACCCUUGUCUUAAUUUCUGGGCUGUGCUACAAUCCCUGUGGAUCUUAAACUCUUUGCUACCUCCACUGUGUUGCAGCCUUCCCACUGUCACCUACAGUGGCUGCCUUCUUUGGGCCGAGGAUGAAGCCCGUCCCGUACUAGUUACUACCCAGCCUGGGAGGCCAGGAGAGGUCUGCAUCAAGAUAGUAAGUUGGGGUUAGCUUUUGUCUCUGUAUGUCCAUCAGUGACCUGUAGUAACUUAUUGUGAAUGCAUGAAGUACUGUUUUUAAACCCAAGUAAAGACGGUCUGAAAUCAAUUGCUGGAAA